GGUGACGUUUGUUUUUGUUGUGCGAUAGUUUCUCUGCUACAAGUACUUGUAGUCCACACCCAAGACAUGGAAUGUAACUUUUUUCUCUCAUUCAUUGAGAUGGCUGAUAACAAAUGAACAUUUUACUAACGAUAAUGGAAUCGUACAAGAAGAUUCUGUGUCUGGGCAGAGGUGGAUCAGCAGAAGUAUUCCUGAUGAAGCACGUGGAGUCCAAGAGACUGCAUGCAGUGAAAAGAAUACAAGCAGACGACUCUCGCAAAACAAAGACCAAAGAGGCCAUCCUACAAGAAGCUGAAAUCAUCAGGAGGCUGAAUCACCCUCACAUAGUGACCUGCAGCGAGGCUCUCAUUGACUCAAAUGAUGGAUACAUCUACAUAGUCAUGGACUACUGCGAUGGAGGGACACUGGAUGACAAAGUCAAGGAGAGAAAGACAGGGGACUAUUUCCCAGAGUGGAUGAUAAUGGAGUGGUUUGUACAGGUUACCAUGGCAGUCAGCUAUGUCCACUCAGCUAAAAUCCUCCACCGGGACAUCAAGACCUCCAAUGUGCUUCUAACUAAGAGAGGCGUGGUAAAGGUGGGGGACUUUGGGAUAUCCAAGAUAAUGACCAACACAGUGGAUAUGGCUCGUACCUGUGUUGGUACCCCCAGCUACCUGAGUCCAGAGGUUUGUCAGGACAUCCCAUACAGUUCUAAGUCUGACGUCUGGGCACUGGGAUGCUUGCUGUAUGAGAUCUGUACUCUCAGACCGCCGUUCGCUGCCUCCAACCUGCUCAGUCUGCUUUAUAAGAUCAUCAGAGGAGAGUACAGCCCUGUGCCCCAGACCUACUCAGACAGCAUCACCUCUCUGGUACAUAUACUGCUCUGUCCGGUGCCUGAGGACAGACCUAGUGCUGGAGCCAUACUGGGCAUGGCCUAUGUACGGGAACAUCUCAGAGAGUUUGUCAAGCACAGGGAGAAAGAGAUAGCAGUGUAUGAUAACGUAGACUCCAGAUCCAUACCUCUCUCUAGUGGGGUCUGUGAGUCUGUGAGAACACCUGGCUCUGUGAGCUCACCUGGCUCUGUGAGCUCACCUGGCUCUGUGAGAACACCUGACACUCUGAGCUCACCUGGCUCUGUGAGAACACCUGGAUCUGUGAGAACACCUGACUCUGUGAGCUCACCUGGCUCUGUGAGAACACCUGACUCUGUGAGCUCACCUGGCUCUGUGAGAACACCUGGAUCUGUGAGAACACCUGACUCUGUGAGCUCACCUGGCUCUGUGAGAACACCUGGAUCUGUGAGAACACCUGGCUCUGUGAGAACACCUGACUCUGUGAGCUCACCUGGCUCUGUGAGAACACCUGGCUCUGUGAGCUCACCUGGCUCUGUGAGAACACCUGACACUCUGAGCUCACCUGGCUCUGUGAGAACACCUGGAUCUGUGAGAACACCUGACUCUGUGAGCUCACCUGGCUCUGUGAGAACACCUGGCUCUGUGAGAACACCUGGCUCUGUGAGAACACCUGGCUCUGUGAGCUCACCUGUAGAUGAGAGCUUGGCCGUGACUGCAGAAUGGAAGGAGGACAGCAGCAGUGCCAGACCACUUCCACUCGUACCUUCCUAUACAGGGGAAGAGGAGGAGGAGGAGGAGAAGGAGGAUAGUACAGAGCCCUGUCCCAGUGAUGAUGAGGAGAUAGAGGGUGAUGUGGUCAGUAUAGGAGACCUGCCCUGUCCCAGUGAUGAUGAGGAGAUAGAGGAUGAUGUGGUCAGUAUAGGACAGUCUGACUACUCAGAGGACUUUGAUGACGACCACAGCUUGUCUUCCAUAGAAGAACACAGAGAGGAUGAGGCAACCUCUACACCUGUUAACGCUGUCAUGGAGGAUGUCUCUAUGGAAGCUAAUGUGACCCCUGAAGUGGAGGACCCUAGUGAGUACCCUGAUGACUUUGAGGAGGAGGAAGAAGAGGAUGUGAUGAUGGUAGUUCACUAUGCCCGCGCUGCUCUGGAGCUCCCUGCAGAGGGUGAUGAAGGGGAGGAGUUUCAGCUGAGGGACGCAGGGGGCGUGGCUGUCACGCUGAAGACUCUGAGAGACAGCUGCAUCAUGGAGGGCAUCGGCCCCUCUCUCUACACAGAGAUCACCGAACACUUUGUGAACGGUCUCAGCCCUGAAGACCUGCAGCCACACUUUAAACACAUGCAGGGGACCUGACCGCCUGGAAACCUGCAAUCUCAUAUUCACUAUCGACCAAGAGGCAGCAUAGGCCAAGAGGUAAACCUUCUUAAAGUAUUUAAUGGUGGAGCCAACCUCCAAACCUGGACUUCUGAUGCACCAUGACAUUACCUGUAGGCCUACAAUGUCGCAAGUUUAUUUUGGGGAAUUAUUUGCCAUCCAUCAUGGUUCCUAACAUUGUAAAUGCAAGAGGGUGCUAUCAGGCAUUUGUUUGAAACUGUGGAAGGGAAAAUACCCAGAGUAACUGUGGCAGUUCACAGCCCAAACUGAUUUGAGGUUGCAUAACACAGGUAGCAAGUUAAAAGAGUAAAGAGGAUAUGAUACCUUGAAGUGUGAACAUCUGUGGGUAAGACGGGGAGAACACCCUCCUUCAAAAUACCUUGAAGUGAAGUAAGCAGAAAUCUAAAGGGGCUUUGGUUGGUUCCCUCAUGGAAGCAGUGGAACUGUAGAGGGUGCUUGAAAAGUAAAGAAAUAAAAUUGAUUCAUUUAUGAUGUCAAGUCGAAACUUUCCUUAUUUAUGUAUUUAAUUACUUCAAUGUAAGUGCAUUUCUAUGUUGUCUC